GACUAGUCACCUUACCAGUCGACACGCCGGCAACCGAGUCUUCACUGUCUUCAGUUGCUGCUGGCCGAUCGAGCAACACCGAUUUUCUUUUACUCCUGCUGAAGAAAACACUCGUGCUCGCCGUAACUGAAUGGAUUCGGUUUCAAAAUCCAUCAAAAACAACUAAUUCCAUACAUGCAGGAUACCCCGUGUGCAAGUGCAUUAUCGAUGCUGCCCUAAGUGUUUCUUCCGUUAUGUGAUCAAAUCUUUUCGGCUCGUUAUAUAAAUUUUAUUGGAGAGAAGAGGAGCUGUGCGCGACUGACUGACGUUCUUUAGUGCCACCACUGUUAUCAUGUGCUGUAGCUCUACGUUGUCGUUGUUGUUUUAAGGCUGAUGACAUUCCGCUCUUUCAGAUUGCCGAAAGGGCCACGGGAAGAUGCGGGUCUCAAUACGCCACCUUAGGCGAAUUUUAUCAGUGCCUUUGAUAGAUUGCAUAUUUUGUAUAUUUUUGAUAAUCAAUGUUGUGGAUAGUGCGGGCGAUCUAUGGCCGAUGGACAGACCGGACGGCAUGCCGUCGAUACAGUCGUUGGAAGUGAUGUGCGGCAAGGACCACAUGGACGUGCAUCUGACAUUUUCGCAGCCCUUCGAGGGCAUCGUGUCGUCGAAGGGCCAGCACGGCGAUCCGCGGUGCGUGUACGUCCCGCCGUCCACGGGCCAGACGUUUUUCUCGUUCAGGAUCGCGUACGCGAGGUGCGGUACCAAGCCCGAUCUAAACGGGCAGUUUUACGAGAACACUGUCGUGGUGCAAUACGAUAAGGACCUUUUGGAAGUGUGGGACGAGGCUAAAAGACUGAGAUGCGAGUGGUUUAAUGAUUACGAGAAAACCGCAUCCAAGCCGCCGAUGGUCAUUGCCGAUCUUGAUGUGAUACAACUAGAUUUUAGGGGUGACAAUGUAGAUUGCUGGAUGGAAAUUCAGCAUGGUAAAGGGCCAUGGGCACCACCUGUCAGUGGAAUUGUUCCACUGGGAUCAACGCUCACGCUGGUUGUGGCUAUCAACGAUUAUCGAGGAGAAUUCGAUAUGCGUGUAAAAUCCUGCGUGGCAUCCGACGGUGGCGGUCACCUGAUCCAGCUUUCAGAUGAAUUUGGCUGUGUGCUGAGGCCGAAAAUGAUCAGUCGUUUCUUAAAAGCCAAGGGCGCAGACGAAAGAGCCUCCGUCAUAACGUACGCCUUUUUCCAUGCCUUCAAGUUCCCAGACGCGCUCAGCGUCCACAUAAAAUGCAAAGUCGAAAUUUGUCGGCACGGGUGUCUUGACCACUGCCAGCUGCAGCCGGCGCAUGAAAAUGCCAACCAGGACCUGUCGCAGUACAUUGGAGGACCUUUGGAGAGGAAGGACGACAAGGUGGAGUCCGAAGAGGAGGAGGAAGAUGAUAAGAUUGAUAGAAACGGAAGACCUGAUCCUGUGGAUCAAGAGUUACAUGAGGACUUUUAUGAUGAUAUUAUACAUGAAGAGUCUGAGGAAAUACAAAAUAAAAAUGGUAACAAGAUCCCUUCAGUAAAGAUGUCACUGAAUGCCCAAUUAAGCAAGGAAACUGAAGACGCAAGUCCUUUGAAGAAGGUGCUGGAAGCGGAAACAGCGGGUGGUGGUGGUAACGGCGGCGGCGGCGGCGGCGGCGGCAGUGGUAGCAGAGAGCCGCAGCGGUAUACCGAGCCGGAUAGCGAGGACGACAACGCAAAACUGGAAAUAACGGCAUUGCCUAAUAAGGAUAUGUUUCUGGUACCCAACGAACAAUUCCCUCACGGGCCCCGCACGUUCGAAGACGGACCGCCGGUAGCGGCGCCGAGAAGUUUCUCCGACGCCUCCGAUCCGGCGGUAGCCAAUAAAGAAAACCUGACGGAAUCAGAGCGACGCGCCCCAAUUGUGCCGAUAGUGGAACGUUUGAAACGUAGACGCAGAUCGGUGGUGAUAUCGGAUGGCCAGGGCCGUAACGCGGACGUGGGAGUCAGCGGGAUCUACGAGGUGAUUUCCGAGGCCGAUCUCGCUUUCAGUCCCGACAGCCGUGCCGAGGCGGUGACCGUCUUCCAAGGCCGCAUAAGGGAGGAAGUCGUCUACGGCAUUUGCAUGCCGGUUCCGGGUUUCAGCCUGCUAUUCGUGCUAGUAGCCGUGUCGGCCGUCGUGUCCGCUCUCGUGGCCGGUUCACUGUUAUAUCGCUAUCAGCUUCAAAAGGAACAUUUGGCCGAACAGGCGCAACACCAAAACGGCAUUUUUUCCACUUGGAUCGGUCUCAGGUUACUCAGAAUGAGAGGCGGCGCGCCAGCAGUUCCCGUUUCGGAAUCUAACGGCACCACCGUUAACUCCCUGGUGUUGAACGGAAAAACCGAUGAAUCACGUAUUUGCGAUUAAUUCCACUCGAACACUAGUUGGGUUUAAUCUUCUACUUAAUUCUCCAUUUUCAAGAAAUAAUUAAUUAGAAUUAUAGCUAUAAUUUAAUCCGUUCACUAUUGGGAAAAUUUGAUUGAUAAAAGAAUAAAGCAAUAUUCCAUAAACAACCUACUUGAAAAAGGACAACUUUGGUAAUAUGUUUAACAAAUAUUAGAAAUAUUCCUUAACACCAAACAAAACACAAAUGCUUAAAGUACUUUUCGCCAACAAUGGUGGCAUCUUCAGAAGCGAAGUGUAACACUUCGGCGAAAAGCACUUUAAUCACUUUAUAUUUUGUUUUGGUGUUGGGGAACAUUUCUAAUAUUUGUUCUACAUAGCAAUGUCAAAAGUUGUCAAAAUCCAAGUUUUUGGAACUUUCUGUCAUUCUACCUUGAGUUUUCAGUAAAGGUUGAGUUUUGAGUACACAAUGGUAAAGUUGAAUUUUAUCGCCUGAUAGGGACGAUUAAGUAAAUGUUUUUACAGAUAGGCUUGCAAAACAAAGCCAUUACUAUGCCGUAUUUUUUUACACUUCUCAAGUAUAGUUCCACAAUGUAGGACCUACAUUGUAGGUCGCUUUUUUGGCCGCAAUUUUUUUAUUUUGUGUGGCUUCGAUUAUUUAAAAAUCUUUUUUAAAGAAAUACGAUUAGGGUUAAUAUUUGUUUUAGUGGCGAAUAUUUAUUUUAUUAGAAAUAAAUUGCUUUAUUUUAUUAUUUAUCAAAAUUUUUCAAAAUUGAAUUGUAUACCCACCUACAGCACUUCAUAUUGCUGCAUAUUUGCAACAAAAAAAAUUGGGAAACGGCUUUAAUAAUUUGGUUAGAAUUUUGCUUAUUAAUCGUAAUUACGAAUUUGAUAUCCAUUUUUUCAAAAACAAAAUGGCGGAUUCAUUUUUCAAACCGAUAUUGCUCAAAUUUGGCAACAUGUGGUUUUUGAGGUCGCUGAUUACAAAUAGUAUAUUCAUUUUUUCAAUUUAAAAAAAAAAUGUCGGAUCCAAUAUUUGCCAAUUUUUUUAAAUAACUUUUUAGAAACGACUCCAGACUUUUCAAAAUUUUAAAUUUGUUAAAAAUUUCCAAAAUUUUAAAUUUUUUUAAACAAUCAUACAAAAAUUAUAAUGGUCAAUAUAUCCAAAAUGUCCAAAAUUCUUAAAAUCUUAAAAUUUACAAUUAAAAAAAAAUGGUAGGAUCAAUUUGCACAGUACAAAAUUAAAAAAAAUAGGGGGAAAUAUUCUUAAAAAGCAUCUUCUGUCGUGGGUCUACUUAAAGCGACACACCCGGUUUUUUACGUAAACUUAUCACAGUGUUUGUAAAAUUUUCGUAGAUCGUUAUAAUUGAUAUUAUCAAUUUGAUAAUAUAUAAGAAAUUAUAAUAUUGCAGAGUAAAUUGCAUGCAAUGUUGCACGCCAUUAAAGUAGAAAUUUCAGCAAUGUUACUUGUAAUCUUGCUGCAACAUUACAUGUAACUUGACGGCGCGGAGACAUUUCAUCAACGUUGUCUGCAAUGUUGCAGAAAUAUUGAGUGCUGUAGGGGACGUAUUAUUUACCUUUUAAUUAUGUCUGCAUACUCCAAGGUACUUAUUAAAUUAUUACAAAUUUACAAAACUUCACUUAUCUACAUAUAUAUACAUAUAUAUGUAUAUAUACUAUACUAUAUAUAUUACUCUUACUAACUAUAGUAACUAUAGUUAAUUAUGGACUAUGGUGGAUCCACGGGGGGCUUCAGCGAGUAAUGUAUGCAAAAUCAGCAUAACCCCCCAAAAAAAAAUCUUGGAUCCGCUACUAAAUAUUGUAGUUCAUAAUUUGUUUAAAUUAAAUUAUGUUUCCUUUUAUUUUAAACGCUGUUACCAUAUAGUUUACAAUAAAAAAGUUUUAAAAAAUGUUAAUAACGAUUAAUAAAAAAUGUAAACAUUUUUAUAAACCUUACCUUAGUGGUACAGUAAGUAGGUGCGAGUUGUUCUUACUAGUAUAAAUAAUACAAAGGGCUCAUUUGCAAUAAAAUGUAUAGCUUUUAAUUUGAAAACAUAUUACUUGUAGUUAAAUUAUUACUUAAGUUAUCCUGUAAAUAAAAUUAAAAUUUUUGACCUCGGUAUUUUAGAUCCGGGAUUUUUAGUUAAUUUAUAUUUAUUUAGCUGUAUAUAAAUUGUUGCUUUUUAUGAAAUGUUUAUAUUUAAUUUUUAGUUACUAACCUAGAUUAUUGUUGUUAUAAUAAAAUAUUUUAUAUAUUUAUUGCAUUGUAACAUACUAACUAAAAAUACAUACAUAUUUAUUUAAGUAUGAAUAUUUAUUAAUUUGUAAAGGUAAAGUUCAUUUUUUUAUCUGGACUGAGGCAACGUUGCAAAUUUAGGGUUUUGGUUGGUAAAUACGGAACCAAAAUUGGUUGCAUUGAUUAAAACAAACUAAACUAGUUAUAAAUGUAUACAUUAUAAUUAUAAUGUAAUUGUGGUUAUGUGUAAAUUAUUGUAGGAUACAUUGAACGGUUGUCAAGUUGAGUCAAGUUGAGUUGUCAAAAUUCGUAGUUAAAAAUGCAAUUAAUUUGACUUUGGUGGUGCGUAGUUGAGUAAAAUCAUAUAAAAACGUAGUUAAAUAUAGGUGACCACGGCCCAGGAGAUCAUACCGGAUAAUAAUCUUUGCUUUGAAAAAAAUUUAUAUAAAAGACAUUAAAAUUUUAUGUAGGUAACACACGUGAAUGUUGUCCAAUCAUUGGAAUUCAAUGGUGAAUGGGUAUUUUGUUAGGCAUUGCACGUUAAUACUCGUAGUGGCUUAAUAAUAAUUAUAAUGUAUACAUUGUCCAGGACUAUUAAUAUAUUAAUGAUCAGUAGGGGAAGGUGGGGGAAUUCUGCG